GCCACGCCCAGUAUUCCCAGACGUUCCAGGGGCGGUGGCAGCUGCUGUGUUCCUCAGAGGCCAGGUGGAAGUGCUGUCGAAGUGAUCCAAAGUGAACUGUCCUCUGAUCUGAGGGUGCAACGGGGUAUCAAUGGAGACUGUUGUGAUUGUGGCCAUUGGGGUGUUAGCGACCAUCUUCCUGGCUUCUUUUGUGGCCCUGGUCGUUGUGUGUAGGCAGCGUUACUGCCGGCCUAAGGACUUCUUGAGCCAUUAUGAUACCAGGCCUAUUGUUGACCUAAUUGGCAUCAUGGAGACACAGUCAGAACCAUCUGAACUGGAGUUGGAUGAUGUGGUAAUAACGAACCCACAUAUUGAAGCGAUCUUGGAAAAUGAAGACUGGAUUGAAGAUGCUUCGGGCCUGGUAUCCCACUGCAUUGCUAUCCUAAAGAUCUGCCAUAACCUCACAGAGAAGCUUGUUGCCAUGACAAUGGGUUCAGGGGCCCAAAUGAAGUCUCCAGCAAGCCUGAGCGACAUCAUUGUGGUUGCCAAGCAGAUCAGCCCCAGGGUGGAUGAUGUGGUCCGAUCCAUGUACCCACCACUGGACCCCAAGCUUUUGGAUGCCAGGACAACAGCAUUGCUGCUGUCUGUGAGCCAUUUGGUCUUGAUUACCCGAAAUGCCUGCCACUCUCCUGGCCACAUGGACUGGAUUGACCAAUCGCUGUCCGCAGCAGAGGAGCACAUGGCUGUGCUGCGUGAGGCAGCCCUUGCCUCUGAAUUGGAGCAUGCUGCAGCCAGCACCGAGAGCUUCCAACAGGAGCAGUCUGCAAUUUGAGAGAGAGACGUGGAGCCUGGAGCGCAUCUAAUCAACUGCUUCUCGUCAUCACCUCUUCUCUACCCUUGUUGCCUGGCAUCACCGACAUAAAUGUAAAACUUACACAGCCUGCAGCAUUUGGCUGAAUGGCUAGCAGAUGCUGGGACUGAACCUCCAUUCUGUUGCGGCUUUGUUCUACACUCUUGCAUCUGGAAUAGUGACACAGAGACAACUAAAACUGUUAUUUAAAUGAAGCCAGAAAAGGGGGUUGUUUGAAUUCUGAAAAGCAUGUGCUUAAGGAAGAGUGACUUAAGGUUAGGGAUAUAUGAAUCUUUCAUUUUUCCACUUGUAAGUCCAUUCCAUCCUUUUUCUGUAUCAGUGGAUUUACUUGAAAAGGCAUAAGAAUUUUCGUGUGCGUUUCUCCUAAUAUAUGUGGUUUUGCAAGAAUUUUCCUUAACAAUGGAUUUUUGUACAUUAUUUUCACUAAUAUACACAUUUUUGUGCACACUUUCCCCUAAUAUUUCCAUGUUUGUACACAUUUUGUACAAAAUUGUCCAAAGACCUUUGGUUAUAGGGUAGCUUAAAAGUAUGGUAAAUAAAAUUU